CACUCUCUCUCCCUCUCACUCCGGACAGAUUCACAACCCCAGACAUGGCUCCGUGAACCAACACAUGGCCGCCAGCAGCCAUGAACCAACAUGACCAACAACUCACCAAAAACUGACUAUGCCUAAACAGCAGCCUUAAUUCGUUUCUAUCGAAAUUAUUCCAACUCCUGCAGUAUCCGCUGCUACCGGCCGGCUGUCACUCACUGUCGGGGGGAGAGGAGCACAGCACCCCCUUCGGUUUAAUUUCCUCCGAUAUUUCGCUUUGAAGUUUCCGCCUCUUCUAACAGACGCUCAACAUGGGUGUCCAGGGUUUCCAAGAGUACAUUGAAAAGCACUGCCCCAGCGCUGUGGUGCCGGUGGAGCUCCAGAAGCUGGCCCGGGGGAGUAUGGUCGGAGGUGGCCGGCAGAGACCCCCUCAGAGUCCGCUGAGACUGCUGGUGGACGCCGAGAACUGCCUGCACCGGCUCUACGGAGGCUUCUACACCGACUGGGUCAGCGGGGGCCAGUGGAACCACAUGCUGGGCUACCUGGCAGCCCUCUCCAAGGCCUGCUUCAACGGCAACAUUGAGCUCCUGGUGUGCUUCAAUGGCGCCCUGGAGAAAGGCCGUCUUCACGAGUGGGUCAAGCGGCAGGUGAACGAGAGGCAGACCGCCCAGCAGAUCAUCAGCCACGUCCAGAACAAGGGCACCCCGCCGCCGAAAGUCUGGUUCCUUCCUCCCGUGUGCAUGGCCCAUUGCAUCCGACUGGCGCUCCUCAGGUUCCGCGUCGGGGUUGUCCAGAGCAUCGAGGACCACCACCUGGAAGUGAUAGCCUUAUGUAGGGAGAACGGCUUCCACGGCCUGGUGGCCUACGACUCGGACUACGCUCUGUGCAACAUCCCGUUUUACUUCAGUGCCCACGCCCUCAAACUCAGCCGCAACGGCAAAAGCCUCACCACCAGCCAGUACCUGAUGCACGAAGUGGCUCGACAGUUGGAUCUUAAUCCAAAUCGUUUUGUCCUUUUUGCAUCACUUUUAGGAAACCACAUACUGCCAGACGAAGACUUGGCUGCCUUUCACUGGAGCUUGCUCGGCCCAGAGCAUCCAUUAGCAUCUUUGAAGGUGCGUGCCCACCAGCUUGUGCUCCCACCCUGUGACGUUGUUAUCAAGGCUGUGGCCGACUAUGUCCGCACCAUCCCAGACAUCACUGACCUGGAGGCCAUUGCUAAAGACAUCUUCAAGCAUUCACAGACGUGCACUGAUGACAAAGUCAUCCGCUUCAAGAAGGCAGUGGAGUACUACUCAGUGGCCAGCAAACCCCCUCACUUCGCUCCACAGUUAGUUAGACCAAAACCAAUGGGAAUGACUGCUGCAGUGCCGUUUCCGAAAAUGCUCAACAUUCCACAGGCGCCGCUGCCUGUAAAACCCGGGGUCCAGCACUCGUACCCGGAGCCUCUGGUGGAGCGCAGCCUGGCUCUGGACUCGGUGGAGAAAGGCCUCACGGAGCAAAACAGCUUCAGCAACAUUCCUCAUGAAGGGAAGCACACACCGCUGUAUGAGAGGUCCUCUCCCAUCAACCCGGGCCAGGCCGGCAGCCCCAACCACACAGAGGCUGCUUUCUUCAACGCCUCCUCCACAUCCUCCUCCUCAGAGAAUGAAGAGAGCUCAGGCACAACUGCCAAUCAUGUUAGUGACCAUAAGGGAGGCUGGGACGGAGACGGACAGACUCCACAUUCUGAAAACACACCAGAGGGAGAGCUGGGGGACCAAAUAAAAGCUGACCUCUGUGUGACCCCCACUGUGAGCCUGAAUGUCCAGAUCCCCUCCUUGCUCUCCAUGCCCACCAGGAACCACAUGGACAUCACCAUCCCGCCUCUCCCUGCCGUGGCCCCCGAGGUCCUGCGGGUGGCCGAGCACAGACACAAGAAGGGCCUUAUGUACCCCUACAUCUACCACACUCUCACCAAGGGAGAGAUUAAGCUGUCUGUCACCAUUGAAGAUGAAGCUAACAAAGACCUGCCUUCAGCAGUGCAGCUGUUUCGGCCUAUCCGUCAAUAUGUUUACGGAGUGCUCUUCAGCCUGGCCGAGGCCAGGAAGAAGGCUGAGAGACUCGCCAUGAGGAAGAACUGCCUCCCUGAAUAUACGCACGUCAUGGUGAAAGAGUGGGCCGCCUACAAAGGCAAGUCUCCCCACACCCCAGAGCUGGUGGAGGCUCUGCCUUUCAGGGAGUGGACCUGUCCCAACCUGAAGAAGCUGUGGCUGGGAAAGGCCGUGGAGGACAAGAAUCGUAGGAUGAGAGCGUUCCUGGCCUGCAUGCGCUCCGACACUCCGGCCAUGCUGAACCCUGCCAACGUCCCCACGCCCCUCAUGGUGCUCUGCUGUGUGCUGCGGUUUAUGUUACAUUGGCCAGGAGUAAGAAUUUUGCGUCGUAAUGAACUUGACGCGUUCCUAGCCCAAGCACUUUCUCCUAAACUUUAUGAGCCUGACCAGCUGCAGGAACUGAAGAUCGACAACCUGGACCCUCGAGGAGUCCAGCUGGCCGCUCUGUUCAUGAGCGGAGUGGACAUGGCUCUGUUUGCCAACGAUGCGUGCGGCCAGCCUAUUCCCUGGGAGCACUGCUGUCCCUGGAUGUACUUUGACGGCAAGCUGCUUCAGAGUAAACUCAUCAGGGCCAACAGGGAGAAGGCCCAGCUCAUUGACCUCUGUGACGGUCAGACUGAGUUGGUUGCCAAGGUGGAGAAGAUGCGUCAGAGCAUCCUUGAAGGUCUCAACUUCACCCGGCCUCCUCAUCCUCCUCCAUUCCCCCCACCGCCUCUUCCACCUCCUCACGGGAUGCCUUUCUACCCCCUCUCUGGCUCCUUUUACCCCCCACCCCCUAUGAUGCCUCCUCAGGGGAGAGACAGAGGGAUGUCUGGAAUCUCGUCCCAGGGUGGGAAGCUGGAGAUAGCCGGCACUGUGGUGGGUCAGUGGGCUGGCACUCGACGCACCCGAGGAAGAGGAGGCUUCCCUGUUCAGGUGGUGUCUGUUGGUGGACCAAAUAGAGGUCGUCCCAGAGGUGUGAUCUCCACACCUGUCAUUAGGACGUUUGGUCGGGGAGGCAGGUACCACACUCGAGCCUUCAAGAGUCAGGUAGCAUUCCUGAAUAAGCCUGCUCAUAAGCCUGCUCAUACAUCUGGACAUGAUGCAGUGAAGGAGAGAAAGAAGGCCAAACCAGAGGAGAGGAAAUCCUUCACUGCGCCAUGCGACGGCUCGACCACGGAGAAUGGCGUGGAGGACAAAGAGCCGGACCAGCUGAACGGAGAUAAAGAGGAACGCAGGGCUCUCAUCCAACCUGAAAGUGCCUUUAGCAGCGACUCCAAGACGUGCAAUUCUAAUCCUCACUUAAAUGCACUAAAUGUAGACAACGGCUGCCAUAGAGAUGAAGGUGUGGAGGCCGCUGUCUUAAAAAAAGAAGAGUAAGCUUAUUUUUCUAGAGAGGGUGAAGGAUGAAUGAUGGAACAGGGUUAGGAGAUAUGGAAAGCCUAAAGUCAAUGUACCUUUUUCCUGUCAGACAAAGAAAAGAGAUUCGGAUCCCUCUCAGUAAACACAAAAAAUGUGACACACUGCUAGUUUAAGGAGUUGUUCAUCACCAAGAUUUCUACAUGUUUAUGAGAAUGAUGUUUUUUCCUUUUCAUUAGUGCAUUAAAGCUCCAAGAAGCUUUAAUUGGAAAAUACUUUAGUUCUUAUAGGUUGAUACCCUGCGCCAUGUCGCAAUAGUACUGUUAUCAGGUUUGUGUUGUCCGGUAACUGCUUAAUGAAAACCAAACGUAUAAAUGAGGAAAAAAAUGCAACACAUCCGCCUGGGUCACCACUUUGGGUUAUACUGAAGCAAAUCUGUGCGUUAGUUCAGAUGAGCUCUGUGUCAUUUCACUCAUUAAGCUGUAAGUAAGAUUUCAAGAAAAAGCUCUAGAAAUCAAACUCAACUCGAAUCAGGCAUAGAGCUGUAGUAUUACCGCUUCAUCAAAAAAAACCUUCUGCAUGGUUCACAGUUUCAGAGGCGUGUGGUUAUUAUGCAUGUCGUCCUUUUUCUUCCAUCCUUACAUUCGCAAACUAACGAAUGGCUAAUAUCAGUGAUGGCCCUUAAAACGUGUUAACUGUUAGUAACAAUUUGUUCUGACCUUGAUUCUUUUGUGACCUCUGUUGCAUUUAACUAAAAAAAGAAAAAAAAACAGGAAGUUAUCUACCCACUUUGAAAUAGUGUAUUCACACAAUAUUGUUCUCUGUUGCUGUUUUAUGCAUUAGUCAGAUACCUGAUAAAAAAAAAUCACAUAAAAAGCUUUGAAAAUCACCUUUUGUAGCUGAAACGCGCUCGACACCUCCGAUUAAGACUUUAGCUGUCAGCCAGUAAUCAAUUUUGAGAUUUAUUUUAGUGUUGUUUUUCAACUCAUACUACACCAGAAUAAUCAUUUAACAGUUUGACUUAAUUUUCCUUUUCAUGUUUCAUUAGUAAUCAGAGAAAUGGUGUACCCCCCCACCCCCCACACCUUGCCAGAGCUAAAUAGGUUACCUUCUAUGUAAGUUGAUCAGUUUCUUAACUCAUGGUUUGUAAAAGAAUGAACUGCUGUUGGGUUUGAUUGAACACUGAUGGAUUGUGGCGUGGUGUAUUUGAAGGCUACGAUGCUUAAUAAAACUCUAUUCUUUUAGUA